AUGCCGUUACAAACUCAGAGUCUGACUGGACUAAAGUUUCAGGCAGUUGCUUUCAUGCUCUCAGCCAUUUCCUGGGUCCCAAGAGUCUCUGUUCCAUGGGAUCUAUAUCUAGAUGGUGAACACCCAAUCAUGAUGGUUGUCAAUUCAUGGUACCACAUGGUUGGGUUUGUCGCUGUCGACGAUGCAUUCUUUGCUCUGGGGCAAGGCUUCUUGCUGUGGUUGUCUUUGCAGCAGAUACGGCGUGCAGAGGACGAGGAAAGACAGCCGCUUCUGGGGUGA